AUGGGUCGAGGUCGGGUAGGUCCCAUCAGCUGUCCCGAUACCAAGACUGCCGGAGACCCACCGGCAUUUGCCCCGGCCGCGUGCUUAGUGUCGGCUAAAUUUCAUGCUCGGAAUGGGCUCGGAAUGGGACCGGAGAGACUACCCCUUUACUACUCGCAGCAUUUGAUCAUGAUGGAAUGGAAGUACUAA